AUGGCUUCCGACUCAACCCACAAGGGGGGCAUGUCUCUCUAUGGCCAUCUUCUCGAUCCGUCAAACGACAAGCCUGGAACUAUUUCUCGUGCUCCAGUUGUCUUCAAACAGAGCUCGGAAAUUGAGGCGCAACCCGACGACCCGGCGGGCAAAAAGCAACUGAAUGCUGCUUCUCUCCGAUUCCAGCCCACAAGAAGGCCACAGCUCUCGGCGCAGAAGUCCAAGCCGAAGUCUACGUUGCCCAAGGCGGCGCCACAUCCCGCACCCAACCAAGCUCCGAAUUCCUCGUCAGCACCUCCAGCAAAGAGCACUUUGGCUGACUGGGCGGCCUUGGAAGAUGACGACUACGGAUACCAGGGCGAGAAACGACAGCGCGGCGGCAGGAAGAAGCGCAAGAAGAACCGAGAAGAGCACAUUGUUCAGAACUGGGACGACAUCUAUGAUCCGUCGCGACCAAACAACUACGAAGAAUACCGGCACAGUGAUGAAAAAAUCAUGGAGGUCCGCGACUGGAAGGAUCGCUUGUACGCGCAUCGGAUGAGACGCUCGCUGAGCCGAGACUCGGACAGCGAUGAUGACAACAGGCCAAUGAACCGACAAUUUGCACCCCCGAGCAGCUUUGCGCCGCCACCAAAUCUCAACAAUGCGCCGCCUGCACCGGCGUCCGUUCCUGAUGAUGCAUCUGGUGAAGAUGCUUUUGCUCGUCGUGCACGCCUCGGUCAGGCUUCCAGCUUUGCACAGCAAGUGCCACCGCCACCACCUGAAGAUCCUACCCCUGUUUCUCACGAUCCCACCGGUGAAGACGCAUACAUGCAGCGAUUCCAGAAAGGCGGCAACCUAUCCUCAGAACAAAACAUACCUCCUCCACCGCCAUCACGCCCUCUUGAUAAAUUCCAACCUAGUACUGCCACAAUCUCCCGUGCUCCGGUCAGAUAUACUUUACCGGCGCCGGCAGAAGAUAUCCCUACAUCAGAGGCCGAGCUUGAAGCUGUGUUGGCCGAAGAAGAGCCAGUAGACGAAGAGGAAGAAGAAAACGAAGAUGCACCACGUUCUACUCGUCCAGGACAAAAGGGUUUUGCGGAACGUUUGUUGUCUAAGUAUGGCUGGACCAAGGGAUCUGGACUUGGUGCCACUGGUUCUGGUAUCAAGAAUCCGCUACAGGUAAAGGUUGAAAAGCGAAAGAAACGACCUGACUCAGAGGGUGGGGGCUUUAUCACGCCCGCUGGACGAGGUAAGAUUAUUGGAAGUAAGAAGCUAGGAGGCUACGAGAGCAAAUUUGGCCCUAUGGGUGAAGUAAUUGUUCUGCGAGGUAUGUUGAAUGGAAUCGAUCUGCAGUCCGAGCUGGAGACCAGCCAAGGUGGAGGGUUGAUGCAGGAAAUUGGCGAGGAGUGCAAUGAGAAGUAUGGAAUUGUCGAGAGAGUUUACAUUGCCCGUGAUGUCGGAACUCCUGCUCCCGUCUUUGUCAAGUUUACAAGCCCGUUGUCUGCUUUACGGGCCGUCAAUGCGCUAGAAGGUCGGGUCUUCAACGGAAACACAAUCGAAGCCCGAUUCUUCGACACAGAGAAAUUUGACCAGGGGAUUUACACGGAUUAA